CUCGCUGUACACACACACCGACGCCUCUCCAACAUCGUGCAGCCCGCUGCGAAGAUGGUUGGCGGCGUGUGUGUUCGCAGGUUGGCUCGCCGUUCUCGGUCCGCCCUUAUCGCAGCCCUCACGGUACUCCUGGUGCAGACGCUGAUUGUGUGGAACUUCAGUAGCCUUGACUCGGGCGAAGACAGACGGGGAGACGGAGGCUCCAACGUGCGGGAGAAGAGGGACCGGGUGGCGGACAACAAAGCCGCUGGCAUUGACUAUUUCCAGCAUGGGGGGCAGCGGCAGAGGCGGCAGCAUCUUCCGCCGCCUGGAAGAGGAAGCUCUCGUCACAUGCAGCAGCCGGAUGGUUACUAUUCCCACCGGCCGAAGGAGAAAAGUAGAGUGGACAGCAACAACGAGAACUCUGUCCCAAAAGACUUUGAGAACAUAGACAAUAGUAACUUCGGCGCACGCUCGCAGCCGCAUCGGCAAACCGUCGGGGCCACCAGCAGGAGGCAGCAGCGAGAGCAUUUGCAGGGGAAGGCUGAUGACCAGCAGCACGUCUGGCGUGACAACUCCCCCAACCUGGGCCGCAGCUCCAAUGAAGUUGUACCUUUAAUCCACCAGCCGCUGAUGCUCACCAACAGCUCAGGCCCGGGUGGACAGGGCGCUGCAGCUGGCGGGAUGCAGCAUCAUGCCGCACAGCAAGCCCAGUCCCAGCAUAUACAUCACCACCCCCACAGGAAGCAGGUGACUGCAGCGCCGCUGGAAGUCACCUACGAUCAACCAUCCAAGUGCGAGAUCAGUGGGAAGGAAGCCAUCUCAGCUCUGUCCAGGACCAAGAGCAAGGAGUGCAGGCAACAGAUUGCAGAAGUGUACUGCAGACACAAGGAGGGCCGGUUAAUGCCCGACAAGGUCACUCGCUACUGCCCACUAGAGGGAAAAGCCAAUGCCAACAUCCAGUGGGAUGAGGACUCUGCUGAGACCUUCCCAUCAAAUCCAGUGAGGAUAGUGUUUGUCCUGGUGGUGCAUGGACGUGCCUCUCGUCAGUUUCAACGUCUCCUCAAAACCAUCUACCACACAUCCCACUACUACUACAUACACGUGGAUCAGCGGUCCAACUACCUUCAUCGGCAGGUAAAGUCCUUGGCCGCUCAGUAUCCCAACGUGAGGGUGACACCAUGGCGCAUGGCCACCAUCUGGGGGGGUGCCAGUCUCCUGACCAUGUAUCUACGAAGUAUGGCCGACCUGUUGGCCAUGAGGGACUGGAGCUGGGAUUUCUUCAUCAACCUCAGUGCUGCGGACUACCCCAUUAGGACUAACAACCAGUUGGUGGCCUUCUUGUCCAAGUACAGAGACAAGAACUUCAUCAAGUCCCACGGCAGGGACAACGCCAGGUUUAUCCGUAAACAAGGCCUGGAUCGUCUCUUCUAUGAGUGUGACACCCAUAUGUGGAGGCUGGGUGAUCGCAAAAUCCCAGAGGGAAUCUCUGUGGACGGAGGCUCCGACUGGUUCCUUCUGAAUCGCAUGUUUGUGGAAUAUGCCAUCAACUCCAAGGACGAUCUGGUCACCAACAUGAAACGCUUCUACGCCUACACUCUGCUGCCUGCCGAGUCGUUUUUUCACACAGUGCUGGAGAACAGCGCCCACUGUGAAAGCAUGGUAGAUAACAACCUGCGCAUCACCAACUGGAAUCGUAAACUGGGUUGUAAAUGCCAGUACAAGCACAUCGUUGACUGGUGUGGGUGUUCUCCCAAUGACUUCAAGCCUGUGGACUUCCACCGCUUCCAGCAAACAGUGCGUCCCACCUUCUUUGCCAGGAAGUUUGAAGCCAGUGUGAACCAGGAGAUAGUCAACCAUCUGGACGCCUACCUGUUUGGACCCUUUCCACCGGGAACACCAGGCCUAAACUCUUACUGGGAAAAUGUGUAUGACGAGCCAGAUGGUGUGGCCAGUCUGUCGGACACACAGCUCACGUACUACCAUUCCUUCUCAAGAUUGGGUUUGGCCCGCGCUGCUGCCUCACUACAAGGCAACCCGAUGGAUCACAGCUGCAGGUAUUUCCCCAUGGGCCACCCUGUGUCUGUGCAUCUCUACUUCCAGUCAGACCAGUUCCAGGGCUACCUUGUCAGGCACCACGCUACCAAUCUAGCUACCAGCAAGCUGGAGACCAUGGAAACAUGGGUGGCACCCAAGAAGAACUUCAAGUCGACCACUCCUCCCAAAAGCACAUUCAGCAGGUUGCAGUUUGCAGAGAUCGGCACAGAGUGGGACGCCAAAGAACGGAUGUUCCGAAAUUUUGGCGGCCUGAUGGGCCCCAUGGAUGAGACGGUGGGCAUGCAGAAGUGGUCGAAAGGGCCUAACGUUACGGUCACAGUUGUGUGGAUUGACCCCACCAACGUCAUCGCGGCCACCUAUGACAUUCUCAUCGACGCCACCGCAGAGUUCACCCACUACAGACCACCACUCAACCAGCCUCUGCGUCCUGGAGUUUGGAGUGUCCGCAUCCUGCACCACUGGAGCCCUGUGGCCGACAUGCGCUUCCUUAUUACCCCUUUGGCUUAUAAUAAGCACCAGCCUAUACGACAAGAUGACACACUGAAGCUCCACAAUGGUCCAGCGAAGAACAGCUACAUGGAGCAGAGUUUCCACGGCCUCAAUCCCGUGCUGAACAUCCCCAUCAGCCUCGGCUACGUGGAACAGGCCAAGAGGAACGCGGCUCUGACCGGCCCGGAGCUGGAGCGCUGGGUCGACAGCCUCGUGGGCGAACUGUGGGAGGCGGCGGACAUCUGCGCCGUUGGCCCCACGGCCUGCCCCGUCAUGCAAGCCUGCCCCAAAAACCCUUGGAGCUCCUUGAGCCCCGACCCCAAAUCCCAAAUGGGACCGGCGCGUGCUGACGGGCGCAUCAGGUAGCAGCGAGGCCUCCAGCUGGACAGGAGGCCGAAGCGCACAAAAUUCACUGUUGAGUUUCUAAUUUAUUUAUGGGCUUUGUUGCAGUUGCGAGAGGGAGAACAUGUUCUUCUUCUGUCUCAGGAGACGAAGGGAACAUAAAAAGCUGAUCAGUGUUGGGAAGAUCCAGGAUCCUUGUAGGGGACUAAAUGUAUUUAUUUUUCUUCUCAUAAGAGUUUUACUGUGAUCAAAUCCUGCAAUUUUUUGAUCAUUUCUGUUGCUGCUCAAUGAAUUUUUAAGUGGCUAAUGAUGACUUACCGCUCCCAAAAAAAGACGCCUGGUAUCCAAUUUACUGAUGUGCCUCCCGAGGUCUGUGUCGGCGUAAACAGCACCGUCUCUGACAGGAAGGUUUAUUUUGAUACGACUCCCAAGAAGAGGCAAAAUUCCCUGCCUUUCAGAAUUUUCAUAAAGAAACAUCUUAUCUCUCGAAGAAGCCAAUUAUUUUAAAAGACCGAGUAAAUAUGUCACAGCAGCACUUGUUUGACUUGAGUGCCUGAUGAGAGACUCUUGCGGCUGCAUUCACACACGGAGACAAAUUCAAAGACAAAAGCCUUGCGGACUCAAACCAAACCAUCAGAAUUUAACGGAAACAACUGAGGGUUCUUCAUUCGUGAGAAAUUGUAGUAGCAUUUUAGGAUUGAAGAGGUCGUUUUCUUUAAUGCCCGGCUUGUUUUUCUGACCAGCCUGCCUCAAACUUGAAACACACUUAUUCCAAGCUGACCUUAAAAGUUCUCAUCUUUUUCUUUUUGAAACUUUCUUCCACUCAUGCCAGUGACACUUUACCUUGUACAGUAUUUUACAAAAAGUCUCCAAAUUGUGUGACUGAGGGUCCAUGAGUCGCUAUUUAUUUAAGUUUAUAUGAAUACUAAUAUUUUUAGUCAGUGACUAAAUAACUGCGACGCUGCCUUGGCAGCAUGAUAAGUAUUUUUUUUUAAAGAAAGCUGCCUUUAUUUACAAAGGCCAACGCCCCUGAACGUAUACUGUACCUUUUUACGGUCCACACCUGCGUGUCAGUCAGUGUUGUUACGUCUGAAUAGCGCUACCGUAUUUUCCAGACUAUAAGUUGCUCCGGAGUAUAAGUCGCAUCAGUCCAAAAUGCAUUAUGAAGACGAAAAACACAUGCAGGUCCCUCUGGACUAUAAGUCACAUACAAAUUGGCUAAAUUAGCAUAACGAGCCAGCGAGUCCAACAAGCAAGUUACCGGUAAGCAAGUUCACCGAGCUCCAGAUCUCAUUCCACAUCACUAAAUGGCACCUAAGAGCAGCCUCUCGCGGCUGUCGAUGGUAUCGUUCACUUUUUGGCUCAUGUCAGUCAAUUUUAUAUACGCUCUAUGCAGUGGUGUGAAAAAGUGUUUGCCCCCUUCCUGAUUUCUUAUUUUUUUGCACGUUUGUCACUUAAAUGUUUCAGAUCAUCAAACAAAUGUAAUUAUUAGUCAAUGACAACACAACUGAACACAAAAUGCAGUUUGUAAAUGAAACUUUUUAUUAUUAAGUGACAAAAAAAAUCCAAACCUACAUGGCCCUGUGUGGAAAUGCGAUUGCCCCCCCAUUAAAACAUAACUUAAGUGAGAUCAAUUGAGAUCUAUCAGUGUGAAAAAGGUUAUAAAGCCAUUUCUAAAGCUUUGGGACUCCAGCAAACCACAAUGAGAGCCAUUAUCCACAAAUGGCUAAAACAUGGAACAGUGGUGAACCUUCCCAGGAGUGGCUGGCCAACCAAAAUGACCCCAAGAGCGCAGUUACGACUCAUCCAAGAGGUCACAAAAGACCCCACAACAAAUUCAAAGAACUGCAGGCCUCACUUGCCUCAGUUAAGGUUAAGAAAGACACUGGGCAAAAGCGACACUGUGCUCGUCUCAAUUUUGUCAGAAAACAUCUUGAUGAUCUCCCAGACCUUUGGGAAAAUACUCUGCGGUCUGACGAGGCAAAAGUUGAACCUUUUGGUAGUAAAAGCAUUUCGGAACAAGAGCAUCAUCGCAACAGUAAAAUAUGGUGGUGGUAGUGUGAUGGUCUGGGGCUGUUUUGCUGCUUCAGAAGCUGGAAGACUUGCUGUGAUGAAUGGAAGUAUGAAUUCUGCUGAAGGAGAAUGUCCAAACAUCUGUUGGUGACCUCAAGAUGAAACCAACUUGGGUUCUGCAGCAGGACAAUGAUCCAAAACACACCAGCAAGUCCACCUCUGAAUGGCUGAAGACUUUGGAGUGGCCUAGUCCAAGUCCUGACCUGAAUCCUAUUGAGAUGCUGUGGCAUGACCUUAAAAAGGCGCUUCAUGCUGGAAAAGCCUCCAAUGUGGCUGAAUGACAAAAAUUCUGCAAAGAUGAGUGGGACAAAUUCCUCCCCAGCGCUGUAAGAGACUCAUUGCAAGUUAUCACAAACGCUUGAUUGCAGUUGUUGCUGCUAAGGGGGGCCCAACCAGUUCUUAGGUUUUGGGGGGCAAUCACUUUUUCACACAGGGCCAUGUAGCUUUGGAUUGUUUUUUCUCCUUUAAUAAUAAAAAGUUUCAUUUAAAAACUGCAUAUUUAAAUAAAACUGCUAAUAUUUAAAUUAGUUUGAUGAUCUGAAACAUUUAAGUGUAACAAACAUGCAAAAAAAGAAGAAACCAGGAAGGGGGCAACACUUUUUCACACCACCGUAUUUAUCGAUAUAUGUCACACUGUACUGCACACACGAUGAACAAAAGUGCGACUUAUAGUCUGGAAAAUGCAUUACUUGUGUCGCUUUGCCAACAAAAAGCAACUCUUAACAUGUGAGGUCGCAGGUCAGCUGCCCAGUGACCUCAGCAAAACAGAAAUGGUGACCUUAAACAUUAGAAUGAGGAGAAGCUGUUCAGUGUUUCCUGCUUCCUGUGAGUUUCAGAGUGGUCGUGGUCUUCAUGCUGUGACAAUGAUGUGCAAAUUCACGUGGUUAUUAUGCUGUGUCCUCAAACGCAUAUUUAGAUCGGGUCUUUGGAAGUGUAUCUGCGUUUCAAACUGCAUUAGCUGUCAUCAAGACAAUCGCCGACAAGCUCAUCAACGUGUGAACUUUUUCGUGACGAGAUAUUGCGGUCAGUUCAUGUCAAGAUGACCUUCACUGCCCAUCAUCUAUCAGGAACACACACACCCUCACACCAACACUGGAGGGGACAAUUUGUUGUUCUUCACUGGCCGGUUCUGGUUGCGUAAACGCACAGUGUUUCCCAUGUAUUCGUGGCGGGCCGCCACAAAUAAAUAGACUUGGCGUGAGGUGUUCACACUCGCUCAUUAGCACGUUAUAACGGGACUCCCUAUGAAUGGCGCUUGUCGUUAUAACUCCGACAGACAAUAGACGGCUUCGUAACUCUGCUUCUUAACACAGAGAAUAAGAAGACGUAGCAGGAGCUCAUUGCCAACUUUUCGCCAUAUUUAACGAGUAUUCAGACUCCGACUCGCGACAAAUCUAGCAAGUUUUUCUGGUCUUAUUGGGCACUUUGGCGACGUUCACACUGCAGGGUAUUAUGCCCAGUUCGGAUUUGUGAUGUUGUCUUUCACAUUACCAAAAAAAAAAUGUGACUUCAGACGCAGAGUGAGCCCUCUUAUCCAGCCUGCGUGGCACAGAACGACGCGCAGCUGAAAAACACGCACAUUCAUGCACAGAGCAAUUUAUCAAGGCUCAUAAUUAUCAACCUUUUUUUUUAUCUUUGAUCUUUUUUUUUAACCUUUUUAAUAGAUUUAUCUAUUCACGUGACGGGCCUAAAAGCACGUAUUGCUCUUCUCAACAAGCAGCAGGUCCUGCCGUGCGACCCCGCCACCCCCAUCUAAAAGCACUCGCCGGUGGCUCCAUCUCGCUUGGGACAUUAAAGACACAACAGAAGAAAGUUCAUUUCCAUUUCUGAAAAUAUUUGUUUUGCUUUUCAUGUGCUUACUCUCACAGCGUCCGAAAUACUGACAUGCACAUGCAUCAUUGCCAAUUAUGCAAAUUUGACAAUUACAUCAUCUAGCCCAGGGGUGUCCAAAGUGCGGCCCGGGGGCCAUUUACAGAAAGCGACUGCUUUUUUUAUUGGCCCUCGGCACAUUCUAAAAAAUACGAUUAAACAAUAACAUUUUUUUAAAAAAAACAACAGCAAAAAUGGAAAAAAAUGCAGUAUUUUUACGCGAGUCAAGACAAAACAUUAAGUGAGUAAAGUCAUGAUGUCAACAGAACAAAAGCGUAAUGUUGAAAUACUGUUGUAAUAAAAAGUUGUAAUAUAAGAAACAAACCAAACAAAGAAAUGAGUUGAAUAAGUCAAAAAUGUACAAGAAAUAUUUGCAAAAAUCAAAAACUGCCAAAAAGUAAUGUAAGGAGAAAGAGUUGACAGUAUUAAUAAUACGCUUUGUCACUGAUUAAUGAAUAACUAUAUUUUAUUUGUGUAAAUAUAUAUAUACGUUAUAUGAAAUAUUUUGUUUGUUUAUGUAAAAGCGCCCCCCGCAUCUUUUCAUUUUUCAGUAUGCGGCCCUCCGUGGAAAUAGUUUGGACACCCCCGGUUCAGCCCCACUGUGCCACACGUAGAUUACAGUCCCGUGGGAAACACUGACGUGACAGCAGACUGUUCCCAACCGGCGUUCCAAGCAGUGCGUUACACGCGAUGACGCAUGUGCAUUCAUUGGCAGCGACGGCGAAAGGAGCGUUAAAGGAGGUGUAACGCCAUGCCUGGCCUGUUCUCUUACAAAGACCAUCAACAAUGAAGCUAAUGUACAUAAAUAGGUAUUUUGUAUGGCAGUGUUGUGUAAAAGAUACUGUGCGUGUACAUAGAAAAGUGGUGAAAUGUUGUUGAUCUAUCGGGGGUGUCGGACGUGUGGGCACAGAGGGCGUUUAUUGAUCAAAGUGCAAAACCUGCUCCGGUGUUCGGGGCUUGUUUGCCUCAGAGAAAAUCUCAUGCCAGAUUGUUGUUGUUCUUGCUUGAAUGUAUUGUCGAGCAACUGUUGCACAAAUCUCUCUGAACUUCUCCACCCCCCCGCCACCAUUAUUUUGUGUCUUCUUUUGCUUUGCUGACUUGUUUCCGGGGAGGCUCUGUGUGCCUUAGCUGACUUUUAGAACCUUCUCUGCCCAUUAUAACACAAUCUUGUCUUAUUUGUUGACCUGAUGUGAAGAAUAUCACAAGACCGCAACACCAAAAAGAUGUCUGCUGUUGUUGUACAUAUCAUCAGGCCUUCUGUUCUUAUCUGCUUUUAUUUGCGUGCCCUCUGGGAGAUUUGUUUUGUUGACCGUGACUGGCUUGUCUUACUUUUCUCUGACUGCUUUUUGAAAUAAAAUUCUGUGGGGAAACUGCUCAAAUGGAUUCUGUGGUAAAGGCACUGAUAAAAGUGAUAAAAAUCCAACAAAUGUUCUUAGAGUUAGGAUGAAACAUCGUCAGAACUACAGCAGGGGCGGACAGAGGAUUUAUUCCGACGUUUGCCAUAACAAUAUCGAUUUUAAUCAUACUGAGGGGUCAGUGCAAAAAUAGAGAAUUUUUCACAAAUUGGUGUUGCCGGAACGUAACUCCAGUGAAAAGGUUGAUUUACGGUAUAUGAAGCAAUGUCUAGUCCUGCUCCCAUCAGGGUUUUAUGCUGCCAGUUCCUGUACCGAUCUUCGUCCGAUACCGAUCACAUACAUUUUUCAAUUUAUUUGUGAAGAGUGCCAGGGGUGCUGUGUAGGACAUGUCCAAGGUCCCCUGACUGCCAAGAGGUCCAAAAAAUAUGUAAUUAUUAAAAAAUAAAGGGGAGUGCGACUGCAAGCUAAUGGGUGUCACUUUUAGAGCAGUUUUAAGCCACAAAAAUGGCCACAAGGUGGCAGAAGUGCACAGUUAAGUAGUUAACUAUAUUAAUCAGGUCCUCAUCACAAAAAUGUGUAAUG